AGAGACUCUCACAAAACAGAACUCAUUAGUUUGAUCUCAGUCUGGUCAUUUCCACAAACAAAUGAUGUCCUCAUCAUCAUCAGCCACCGAUACCAUCACUAAGCCGUUGUCCUUGCCGACGGUGGAAUCAGUCACGUGCCACACGUGCGGUUUCACAGAAGAGUGCACGCCGGCUUACAUCCAACGGGUCAAAGAUCGGUACAAGGGACAGUGGCUUUGUGGGCUUUGCGCUGAGGUGGUGAAAGACGAGGUGGUUCGAUCUCCGACUAGAAUCUCCGUCGAGGAAGCUCUCCGCCGCCACACAACGUUCUGCCACCGGUUCCGUUCUUGUAGUCUACACGAGGAGGAAGAUCCCAUUUCAGUCAUUGGUAGGAUUAUACGGCGGAGCCUCGACGGUUCUCCACGUCCAACCACCACGAGGACGAGCUCUAGUGGGGCUUUGCUUGGAAUCGACGGCGUAGAGUCACGACGGUCGCUUCUCCGAACUGGGAGCUGUUUCCCGUCUCUCUCUACUUGAUCAAAUGUGUUAGUUGUAAAUUUUGGUAUUGCUUUCCUUCAUUUUUGCUUAAGACUGUUAUUUUGUAUUUUCUUACAUUUUAGGACAAAAAAAAAAAAGAUUUCGACGAUUUAAUGUCCUAUAAUUAAUAAAUUAUUAAGGGGUAAAGCUCAGAUUAUGUGAAGAUUGUAAUCCUUGAUCUCUAAUAAUUAACUGUAA